AUGCCGCAUUCUACAGCAUCAUCUUCUUCAACUCCUCUUUACGUCAACGACGGGCUGCUCAGCCCGGAUCAAGUCGGCUACCUCCAGGCAUCAUUUCCACACGAACCCCUAGAGGAACUUCGUCAGCGUUUGGAGCGGGAUGGCUAUCUUUUCUUGAAAGGUCUCAUCCCGCGUGACGAUGUUCUGAAAGCCAGAGAGGAUUAUUUCACCUAUCUAGCUCCUAGUGGCGUCCUUGCCCCAGGAACACUCCCAGUCGACGGUAUAUUCGACGAUAAGAAUGACAGGCUAGAUUAUCCUGGCAUGGUGAGUGCAGGCUCCACAGACGCCAAUGGACGGCCUCGUGGGGGUCUCUUCGUAGACCUUGCACUGAAAGCCCAUGCGGAACCUUGGUAUAAAGAUGGGUUCUGUAAGCACCCGGCGCUUCAUUCGUUUAUUGCAAAGAUUACAGGAUGGGGCGACGAGAAUACUCUCGGCCUCACGAGGUCUCUACUGAGGAACAAUACGCCACACAACAAGGCGAUCGGUGUUCAUUAUGACCAGAUAUUCCUUCGGCAUGGAGAAGACACCAGCAUGACUGCUUGGGUCCCCAUGGGCGAUAUUGCCCUGGAUGGCGGUGGCCUGAUAUAUCUGGAAAACGGACAUACGCUCGGCCAAGAGAUAGAGAGUGGCUUCUAUGAGAAGGCUAGACAAACCGGGCUGACAGAUGAGGAGGCAAAGAACGCGUUCAACAAGAACAUGAUGGGUGGCGGACUGAUUGCGGAUGGAGCAAAGGAGUUUGCUACAGCACACGCACGAAGGUGGCUCGUCACGGACUAUCAAGCCGGGGAUGUUGUAUUGCACACGCCUUAUAUGAUCCAUGCAUCAACAAUUAAUAAGGAUCCGAAGAAUGUUAUCCGUCUCGGUACGGAUUUGAGAUUUGUAGACUCGUCGAGAUCGUACGAUAAGCGAUGGACAAAUGUCUAUGCCUUCGGAGAUGGAGUCUAA